AUGAUUACUUUAUCUUGGAAUUGUAGAGGUUUAUCUCAACCCUCUAUAAUUCGUAGUCUUAAGGUUCUUGUCAGGAAGCAUAAUCCUGAUAUUGUAUUUUUGUCAGAAACUAAGGCUGCUCCUUUUGUUACUGCCCCAAUUUUGCAUCAACUGAGGUAUACUUUGAUGGUUCACGCUCUUCCCUCUAGCUCGCAGGGACGUCUUUUGCUUGCUUGGAAACCGGAUGUAAAUAUUGUAACUUUUUAUGUCACUUGUAAUAUUAUAUGUGUUUGGUAUUAUUCGGAUGCUCCUCUUGUUAAAUGUUUGCUAACUUUUGUUUAUGGUCCUCCAUACAAGAACCUUUGCCCAACUUUUUGGAAAGCUAUGAGUGAUCUUGGGAUUUCUUACAAUGAUCCGUGGGUUUGCAUUGGGGAUUUUAAUGCCAUAAAUUCUCCUGAUGAUAAAUUUGGGGGUCGUGUUUUCGAUUCUUUUUCUCCAAACCUACUUUCACACUUCAUGGAUGGUUUUGGAAUGAUUGACUUAGGAUUUAGCGUUCAUCUCCCAGCUCAUAGCUUUGAUCACUGUCCGCUUCUUUUGAAUACUAGUCACCUAGCUCCUUCUCUCCCUCGUCCAUUUCGGUUUGAAGAGUUUUGGACAAAAGAUCCAACUUGUGGUGUUGUUAUUGAAGAAGCUUGGUCCCCUUUUAUUGUUGGUUCCCCUUCUUACUGUCUGACAAAAAAACUCAAGCUUACAAAGGAGGCUAUAAAAUUUUGGAAUCAGCAUUAUUUUGGAAAUAUUAAAUCUAAGUUGGAUCGUAAUCUUUUUUUGCUUGAUGAGGUUCAACAGGCUCAUCCCUCGGAUGCUAAUUUAGCAAAGGAGCUUCAUCUUCAAUCUUUGUUGGAUGAUUAUCUUCUUCAGGAAGAGUCUCUUUGGAAGACUAAAUCUCGGGAGUUAUGGCUUACGGCAACAGAUUUGAAUACCAGAUGCUUCCACACUAGCACUAUUAUCCGUCGUCGGCGUAAUUCUAUUUCUCUUCUACAAACCCCGGGUGGGGGAUGGAUUUCUGAUCGGACUGAUAUUGGUCUUGCUUUUGUUGCACAUUUCAAGAAGUUGUUUACUUCCACAAAUCCGGUUUUCUCCCCUGACUUAUUGGACCUUUUCAAUCCAGUAAUUUCGGAGCUUGACAAUAAUCUAUUGUGUGCUACCCCCACUGAAGCCGAGGUUUUUGCUUCCCUGCUUAGUUUGGGUAAGGAAAAAGCUCCUGGUCUUGAUGGCUUCAUUGCUUUAUUCUAUGUCAAAUAUUGGGACUGUAUCAAGACUACUGUAUUGCUGGUUGUUGGUAAUUUUUUUGAUUCUAACUCAUUGCUUAGAGCACAGAAUCAUACUUUCAUUGCUUUAAUUCUAAAACGAUUAGGAGCCUCUGCUGUUAAUCACUUUCGGCCUAUUAGUCUUUGUAACAUUAUUUACAAGAUUAUCUCUAAGCUAUUGGCUAACAGACUCAAGCCCCUUUUAUCGAAGAUUAUUUCUCCCUUUCAAACUGCUUUUGUGCCAAGUCAUCAUAUACAGGAUAAUUCUAUUCUUUCUCAUGAGAUGCUCCACUCUCUCAAGAAUAAAAGGGGCAGGGGUGGUUUAAUGGCUGUCAAUAUUGAUAUGGAAAAAGCCUUCGAUAAAAUGGAAUGGGGCUUCCUCAUGAUUAUUAUGGAGAAAUUGGGUUUUCACCCAAUUUGGAUUAAUUGGAUUCGGAUUUGUAUCUCUACUUCUUCUUUCUCAAUCCUGCUGAAUGGAUCCCCUUUUGGUCAUUUUAGGCCUUCUCGUGGUUUACGGCAAGGUGACCCGCUUUCGCCUUUUCUAUUUAUUUUAGGUACUGAGGUAAUUUCCAGACUCCUACACCAAAGUUUACAGGGAUUUAAGAUUUCUCGAAGAUGUUUUCCUUUAACUCAUCUUCUGUUUGCGGAUGAUCUGAUGAUCUUCACUCAUGCCACCUCCUCGGAAGCUGGUAUUAUUAAGGAUUGUUUGACUAAAUAUAAUCUUUGGUCGGAUCAGUCGGUUAAUACGGAUAAAUCUAAUAUUCUGUUUAGCGCAAAUACCUCUGCUUCUUCCAGGGCCAGUAUUCUGGAUAUUCUCCCUUACGCUGUGACUCCUAUCUCUGCCAAGCAUUUGGGUCUGCCAAUGUUUUUUGGACGUUCUAAACAAUCUUCCUUUUUGGAUAUUCUCCAAAAGGUCAAGGGGAAAAUUGAGGGAUGGAGAUCGAAAACUUUAUCACAGGCUGGAAAAUUGGUGUUGAUUAAAGUGGGUUUUCCUGUCAAUAAAGCUCAUAAUCUUUCUCUGAAAUCGUGGAAUUCGAUAUGUCUGCCAAAAGAUCAGGGUGGUUUGGGUUUCCGUCUAAUGAAAGAUAUCAAUGUUUCUCUUAUUGCCAAACUCGGUUGGAAGAUUCUUGUUAAUCACAAUGCUCUUUGGAUUCCCCUCUUCAAGGAGAAAUAUAUUAAAUAUGGUACUCUGCUCCCCUGCCCUUUAAGCACUGGUUCUUAUAUAUGGAAUGGUAUUACUUCUGUUGUCCCUUUGCUAAAGUUAGGUUCUUGUUAUAUACCUCAUUCCUCAAGUUCUCUGGAUAUUUGGCUUUCGCCAUGGAUUCCUACUUUGCCCAAUUUCCAACCUGUGCCUCGAAUUCCAAGACUUAGCUUCGAUUACCCUUUGGCGAUCUCGGAUCUUAUUCAUCCACAGUUUUUGACUUGGAAUUUAUCUCUUCUACUUUUUCUUUUUGACCAAGUAACAUUUUCAGAAAUUCUUAAAGUCUCUAUUCAAGAUAUGUCUGAUUCUCUUAUUUGGACUGCUUCGGCUUCAAGGGUUUUUUCUACUAAGACGGCUCAUCAUUUAUAUUCUUCCUCUCGAUCACCUCCAAUUUCGCCUGUUGCUCCUAUCAGCUGGAAAGGUUUAUGGAAGCUGAAGCUGAAUCAUCGACUCAAACUUUUCCUAUGGAAAAUGCUUCAUCUUUUUUUCUCAUGCCCUAUUGCGAAGGUUAUUUGGAGGAAUUCUUUUUGGCCAUUGGACAUUACUGCCCUCUGUAUCUCUGAUAUUUUUGAUUGGCUACAUAUUAUUCUUCAUCCGGAGUUAAUAGGCAUCCCUCCUGUAGAUUUUCAUCUUUUCCAGAUUUUUGCAAUGGUAGCCUGUGAUCGUAUCUGGUACUCUCGCAACAAGGCUCAUCAUGAUGGCUGGAUUCCGAAUGCUUUAUCAAUCUCAGCUGAUGUUAAUCGUUCAUCUCGGACUCACUUUCGGGCUUGGUCAAACAAACUAUCUCCUGUUCCCCAUGUCUGGACAAAGCUUGCUCCUCUCUGCUUCAAAAUUAAUUAUGAUACUGCUAUCCGCAGGAAUUUUUCAGCGCAAGCAGCUGUUUGUCGAGAUUCAACAGGUGCUAUUAUUCAUGUUUUGACGAGAAUUAGUCCACCUUGCACUCCUUUGUAUGGAGAAGCAUCUGUAGCUCUUCUUGCAGCAACACUGUGCUCAUCUUUGGGAUUAUCCCACGUAACUUUUGAAGGUGACUCCCUGACAGUCAACAUUGUCAUCAAUAAUCCUACGAUUACUCAAGACUGGCGUAUCUCGUCAAUCGUUUCGGAUUUUAUUUCGACUAUUUCCCCCACUACUAGCUGGUCGGCUAGUAAUAUCAACCGAAAUGCAAACUUCUGUGCCCACUAUGUGGCUGAUUGA